UAAAUAACUACCUUUCCUGACUCGUGUUUUCUAUAUAGUGUAUAGCACUACAGAAAGAGUAACAGGAAAAAUAGAAAGACCGUGUCGCAGAUUAAUAUAGAGGCUAUAGGACAGAGACCCAGGUCUACAGACGUCCAUUUGAGGCCGAUCUUCAGCCCAAAUCCAAAUGACAAAUGGAGAAUGGAGACUAAGAAUGAAGAAGGUAGUCCGUAUGCUGGCAAUGAGCCUCAAUUAAUAGGGGACCCAGGGACAACAGACUGUAAACAAGUCUCCCAUUCCAGCACCAACCAAACUAAGAAAUCAGAUGUAUGUGGCCAUCUGUCAAGUUUGUAUGAGACACUGAAGGAGCCAAUCCCAGAAAAUCCAAGUGCUAGUUACAUCAGUGAUGCAGCUCAUAGAUUAGUAGAUGGAUUAAAUCAAAAGCGCAAAAAUGACACAGAGCUUAUUGAAAGGUUUAAACAAAAUUUAGAAGAACAAACAGUGAAGUGUGUACAAACCUUAGAACAGCAAUUAUACCAGACCUAUGAUGCUCAUAACUUACAAGUGGACAAAAAGCUGCAAGAACUCUUUGCUUGUCUUGAUAACAUAGCUGCAACAGAAACUGAACUAGAAAAUUUCAGAGAAUCCCUGAGGAAACUUUAUCAAGAGAUGAAUAAUUUAGAUUAGUGGAAUGAAAUGCUGCUGUUUAUUCAGUAGAAAUAAUGUAUUUCACUUUGUUCACAGAGAAACAGUGAGCGCCUUGCCUGUUACAGAUAAUAGUAAUAGUUGUUCUUGCAUUUUAGCAAUUUAACGGAAAUAUACAAUCUCUAAUUGAUCAGCCACAUUGCAGUUAAUAUAACUGCUAGUUGUGACAGGAAUGUAAAUUCCAUUAUACCAAUAGCACUAUUUGUACCCCCGGACAACAAAGUUGUAAGGGGGGUAAACUGGUUUCAGGUUGUCUGUCUGUCCGUUCAUCCGUUUGUCCGUAGACACAGUCUUGUGCACACCAUCUCUCCUCAUCCCCUUGACACAAUUUAAUAAAAUCAUACAAGUGAUCAGUAACAACAGUAGUUGUGCAUGGGGCAUGUAAGGUUCUUUCAGGAAAAAAAAUUGCAGAGUUACGGGACUUUGUUUUUUGUUACUAUACUAUAUACGUAGACACAAUCUUGUGCGCACCAUCUCUCCCCAUCCCCUUGACAAUUUAAUUAAGAAAUAAUUUAUAGCGAAAGAGUGUUUUAACACUUAUUUAUACACGAUGGGUGGUUAUACAUCGGGUGUAAUAAUUUCACGAGGGCACAGCCCUCGUGAAAUUAUUUGUAAGACGUAUUAAAAAUACGUGUUAAAAUACGGUUUUGGUAUAAAUUAUUUCGAUUCUAAUAUACCCUUAAUCUAAAACAGUAGAUAAAAUAUAGUAGCACUCUUUCUUGGUCGCAACAAAAACAUUGACGUCACCACACAUUAACGUGACGUCAUUCUAGCGUUAGAGUGUUUUAACAGAGAAAAGCAUAUUAGAAUGAAACAUCACACAAGUAAUCAGUAACAACAGUAGUUGUGCAUGGGGCAUGUUAGGUUCUUUCAGAAAAAAAAAUUGCAAAGUUACGGGAUUUUGUUUUUUGUUACUAUACUAUAUACAUAGACACAAUCUUGUGCUCACCAUCUCUCCUCAUCCCCUUGACACAAUUUAAUGAAACUUCACACAAGUGAUCAGUAACAAUAGUAGUUGUGCAUGGGGCAUGUUAGGUUCUUUCAACAAAAAUUGCAGAGUUAUGGGACUUUGUUUCUUGUUAACAUACUAUGUACAUACAGUCUGCAUAUGCAAUCUUGUGCGCGCCUAAUCUUCCGAACCCUUGCACACAGUUGUGACUUUAUACACGAUGGGCGGUUAUACGUCGGGCGUAAUAAUUUCAGUGACACAUUCAUCACCUUUAACCCUUGCACGCAAUUUAAUGAAACUUCACACAAGUGAUAAGUACCAACCCUAGUUUUGCUUGGUGCAUGUUACGUUCUUUUAGAUAAAUAUUCUGCAUAAUUAUGGGACUUUGUUUUUUGUUACUAUACUGUAUACAUACAGUCUAUAUACAUACAGUCUACAUAAUUAUGCAAUCUUGUGUGCGUCAAAUUGCAAUGUACUGUGUCAGUGCAUGCGGGGGGUACAUUCAUCACCUUUAGUGAUAGCUGUAGUUGUUUUUGUUUUUUUUUAAAUCAAUAAUUAACUAAACAAAAUAAGUUAUUCAAGUAGAUACUGAACAGAUAUGCAUGCAUUUAUUGUUACUUUUUUUCUCAAGACAGAUUUAGCUAUUGAAAGUGUGGCAGAACAUUAAUUACAUUCUUUGCUUUUGCAUAAUUUGGAUGAAUUUUUAUGUUCAGGUAUUACUUCCAGUCACAAAUUGUAGGGUAUUAUUGAGAUAUUAUACUGUAACAUUUCUUUGAAGUGGCACAAAUAUACAAUAUACUACCAGUAGGCUAGGAGAUUGUUCAACAUAGGAGAGUAAAUAAAACUAACAUUUAGUUUUAAAGACAUUGUGUUUUAACAUAAAAAUACUGAAAGAAACUAAGAUUUUAUCUUAAAUAUAAAUAAUCGGUUUGUACUACAUAGAAGCAAGUUCAAGGGAGCUCACUUGGAUGACAACCUAAAUACUCGGACUUGUACCCAUCUGAAUUUGAGUUUGUCGAUUUAUUUUUGCAGGCAACUCAUUAAUAGGUACUGAGAUAUGUAAUUUUGCUUUAUUCUUUCAUAUACAAAUAUUUUUCCGGUUUCUUUUAUGAAUCAGUGGCUAAAAUAUUUUUCAGUUACUUAAGGUUUAGGAGUAUAUCACCAAAACACAGAAAUAUUGUAUAAACGAACAACAUCGUUACCAAUCUUUUAACU